CAAACAUGGCGGCCAGAUGAGCACUUAAAGUUGUUUCCGGAUUUAUAGGUUAAAAAGUGACAUUUAAACCAACAAAUAUUUGUCUUUGCUACAACCCGAUUUACAUUAUAGCUGCGAGCAUUUCUAUAGUGUAUUGAAAAUGGCUGCUUGGGCUGGAUUUUCUGAGGAAGAACUGCGAAAACUGCAGCACAACGGCGAAGUUGCAAAUCAGGCUGUGUCUGUCACAUUGGGUCGUGGCAGGAAACCUGCUCAGACUAACCGGAGCAGACAGCAGCUGCAGCGGGAGAGGGCUCUUCAGCUGGAGGCCAAGCAGAAGGCGAUCAGCCAGUCUCUUCCACCCGACCAACAGCUUACCAGACCACAAGAGCCACCGGCUGCCAGUCACCCUGCUUCUCCUGCUGAAACACCAGAUGAGCAGUCAGUACCUGUCAAGCAUGAGGCUGAACCUGUUAAGCCUGAUCCAGCAUCCCCUGUCCAGUCUCUACCACCUGCAGACUUUAAGGAGCUCGACAAACAGGAAGUGGAAUUGCGGGAGAAAAACCGUCUGCAGCAGCUACAGUGGGAACAGCGGAUAAUGGAAGAGAAGAAUAAAAAAAGAAAAGCUCUCCUUACAAAGACCAUUGCUGAGAAGUCCAAACAGACACAGGCUGAAGCCGUAAAACUAAAAAAGAUUCAGAGAGAACUUCAGGUGCUUGAUGAUUCUGUGUCCAGUGACAUUGGGGUUCUCAGAAAACUGAUCGAGCAAUCCAGCAUGGAUUAUUCCCUGGCAUGGAAGCGCUUUGAGAAAGCAGAGGCUGAGUAUGUUGCCGCUAAAAUGGACUUGCACAGGAAGACCGAGGUGAAAGAGCAGCUGACAGAGCACCUGUGUGCAAUCAUCCAACAGAACGAGCUGCGCAAGGCCCGCAAACUGGAAGAGCUGAUGCUGCAGCUGGAGCUAAAUGCUGAGGAAGUGCCCAGUCCAGAUCAAACACAACUACAGGACAAACAGAAAGAGCCUGUUACUGAGAACGGUCCUGCAGCAGAACUGGAGGGAUGUACAGAGGCGGAUGGCUUGAGUAUGAACAAAGACAGUUCCAUAGCAGAAACAAAGAUCAGCCAAGACAAUCAGGAGAGUGAAGCAGCAGAUGUUUCAGCAGAUGGGCUUUGCUAGUUUCCAAGCAUCAUCAAUUUAAUAGAGACUUUAUUAUGGUUUACAUAACAUUUGCUACCAGCUUUAUAAAUAUCUCUCGUUAUGAGAAUGCUGAACAAAAGCAAUAGACCUUUCUUUAUAUGAAAUGUUGACAUUUUAUAAUGAUACAAAAACCAUGUUGGUGUCUGUUCUCAAAUGCCAUGUAGGUAAUUCUAUUACUACCAACGCUAAAAUGCCUUAGCAUAAUGGGACUCAGAUAUUGAUUGUGAUUGUUUUCAUUUAAAUUGUUACAUGGUCCUGACAAUGAUGCAUCCUUUUAUUGUGCUUCAUCUGGAUGUCAUUGUAUAAUGAAGUAAGAAAACGGACCACAAAUCUCUUGAAAACACUACAUAAAAUACUAAAUACUGUUAAUUUUAUAUCGUUCCAUAACUGUGACACUAUUCAAAAUGAAAUAGUGGCAGGCGGUCUGGUCGUAGUUUGUAGUCGUGAUUUAUUUCACAUGAUGUUGCACAAGUGAAUGGUGGGAUCUUUUAUCUGUAUAUGGCGGUUGUCUCAUAAAAAUAACCUUAUGCGAAUGUUAACAAAUCAAUAACAGCAGGUUUUUUUAAUCUUGAAACGCUGACAGUUUGCUUAGCGGAGAUUGUUUUGUACUGUAUGUGGGGAAAUUCUAUUGGAGUGUGAAAAGGAAGACCAUGGUUUUUCUAAAUAGGCAAUAUAUAUAGAAUUUAAACAUUUUGUAAAUUACUCCAUGUAGAGCCCAUUAUCAACCAUGAAAACCAUUUAGAUAAUGGUCAGGAUAUUUAUUGUUCAAAAAGGUUUGACUUAUUUUCAUUUUUUUUUUUAUUAAAGUGUAUUGAAUGUCGUUCGUUUCAUUUCAUGUGUGCACGUUAGAAUGGGUAUC